AUGCAUCGUCUUUUUGCUGAGCUGGAGCCAUCUUUAACCGUCACAGAGCAAAACCUGGCAGACCGAGUUCGGUAUAUGUUGCGCUCAAAUAUAUUUGAUGUCGCCGAACUCGAACGGCUACGACGUGAGGCUGUUCCCUCGUCGGAUGAGAAUGCUACGGCUGAGGAUGCGGCGCCACAAAUGGUAGAGCAACCCGCAAACGUGGAUGCCGCCGUGAAUACCCCAGUUGUGGUUGAUUCAAACGAUGAUGGAACAGUCGCCCAGGAACUGGAAUUAGAGCAUAUGAGGAGUACAUUGGAAGAGGCGAUUGUGGAAACGCGCAGUACGCCUCUCGAAAAUCGACCGCGACUUCCCCGCAUAGCCCUAAGCAAGCGGAAUCGGGCUGUCGUGAGGGCUCUGAACCCAAUGCUGGUGACCUAUUUGGAAGCCAGCCGGGACCUUUGCGAGACGGACUCAAUUCUUUUUGGCGCCGCGCUGGCAGUCUGCCGUAUCAUAGGUGCCAAGGUUCCACGGCUGGACGCGCUACUGGCCAUAGUAGCGCUAUCCCAGCAUGGAGAAGAAGAAUUGAGGAACGUAUCGCAAAGGCUAGAGCUCUCAUCGGCAGACUGA